UUGUUGUCAAGGCUAAAUGUACGCAUCAGCUGAAAUAAAAAUAUUUCAAAGUUAAUAUAUUUCAACUUUAGUGGAAAAAAUUAAUAAAAGCAGAAACACUUUAUCGUGCAUGUUUUAAGUAUCUAAUAGUUUUGGACAGGUUUUGGUAUUAUUUUUAUUGUCAAACAUCCAGCAUGAAGUUGAAGAUCUUAUAUUGUUACCGAUUGCCGGCGAUAUUGGGAUGUUUGACUUUGAGAGUGCUGAUUUCUAUGAUAUUCUUGCAUUUGAAUCAUGUUAACGCCGACGAACACAAUCACAAGUAUGAAAAGAAUGAAGAGGUUGUAUUAUGGAUGAAUACUGUUGGGCCAUAUCACAACAGACAAGAAACGUACACAUAUUUUUCUUUACCAUUUUGUCCUGGGCCCAAAAAAAGUAUAAGUCAUUAUCAUGAAACAUUGGGAGAAGCUCUUUUAGGUGUGGAACUUGAAUUUAGUGGACUCGGUAUUGAAUUCAAAGCCAGCAUGCCAAAAACCCAGUACUGUGAGAUAGAACUAACAGAAGAGAAGUUCCAGGCCUUCGUCUAUGCUGUAAAAAAUAAUUACUGGUAUCAGCUGUAUAUUGAUGACUUACCUAUCUGGGGUAUAGUAGGAGAUAUGGACAAAUCAGACAACAGUUACUAUAUAUGGACUCAUAAAAAGUUUGACAUUGGUUACAAUGAUGAUCAUAUAGUUGAUGUAAACUUGACUAGUGAAGCAAAAGUCAAGCUAGAACUAGGAAAGAAAAUUACAUUUUCUUAUGAGGUUGUUUGGAUACCAUCAAGUGUAAAAUUUGAAGACAGAUUUGAUAAGUAUCUUGAUCCAUCAUUUUUCCAGCACAGGAUCCAUUGGUUUUCCAUCUUCAACUCCUUCAUGAUGGUCAUCUUUUUGGUGGGCUUGGUCAGUAUGAUUUUGACGAGGACAUUACGUAAGGACUAUGCCCGAUACAGUAAAGAUGAAGAACGAGAUGAUAUGGAAAGGGACUUAGGAAGUGAAUAUGGAUGGAAACAAGUGCAUGGAGAUGUGUUUCGGCCACCAUCUCAGCCACUACUUUUCAGUGCUCUGGUUGGAUGUGGCUGCCAAAUAGCUGUAGUUAGUCUAGCUGUGAUAGUUUUUGCUAUCGUGGGAGAGCUUUAUACAGAGAGGGGCUCCAUAUUAAGUACAACUAUUUUUGUUUAUGCUGCCACCUCUCCUGUUAAUGGGUACUUUGGUGGAGGUUUAUUUGCUCGUAUGGGAGGUAAAAAAUGGAUCAAGCAGAUGGUAGUGAGUGCUUUUUUUCUACCUUUCCUUGUCUGUGGAACUGCCUUUGUGAUAAAUUUAGUUGCCAUUUACUACCAUGCUUCACGUGCUAUUCCGUUUGGAACAAUGGUGGCUGUAACUUGCAUAUGUCUCUUUGUGAUCCUACCUUUGACCUUGGUUGGAACUGUUCUGGGUCGGAAUAUGUUUGGACAGACCAACUAUCCCUGCAGGAUCAAUGCUGUCCCUCGGCCAAUUCCCGAGAAAAAAUGGUUUAUGGAGCCCCCAAUAAUCAUUGUUCUGGGAGGUAUUCUUCCAUUUGGUUCGAUUUUCAUUGAAAUGUAUUUCAUCUUCACCUCUUUUUGGGCCUACAAGAUUUACUAUGUGUUUGGAUUUAUGCUGCUAGUGUUUUUGAUCUUGUCGAUUGUCACGAUAUGUGUCACAAUCGUGUGUGUUUACUUUUUGUUGAAUGCAGAGGAUUACAGAUGGCAGUGGACUAGUUUUCUAGCUGGAGGAUCUACUGCUGGUUACGUCUACAUCUAUUCCUUUUACUAUUUUUUUUUCAAAACAAAAAUGUUUGGCUUGUUUCAAACAGCAUUUUAUUUUGGAUAUAUGGCUCUCUUUAGCUUAACUCUUGGGGUUCUUUGUGGGACUCUUGGAUUUGUUGGAUCAUCCUUCUUUGUCAAAAAAAUUUAUUCAAAUGUUAAGAUUGACUGAAUGAUACUGCAUAUUUUGUGUGCUACUGGAAAAAUAGGGGUUUUAAUAAUCUAUGGCACCCAAGUCCACAAAUCUGUGAGCGAGAGGUAAUAUUGUAGACAGCACAAGUUCAUCAUGAAGCAGAAUCACGAAACGUUUUUGUUGCUUUUUUUUCAUUUGAUCACCAUGUAUAAACAGUUUCUGGGAUGUAUUUUAAUUUAAGUUAAUUAAGGCUCAGAAAUGUCAUGAUUAAUUUUUCUCUCUCUCUCUCUCUCUCUAUAUAUAUAUACAUUAGUAUAUUUGAAUGUGUGGUUUUAUUUUGAGUUGAAUUUCAUAAUUGAUCUACAACUUUAUAAUGCAUUAAUGAUGGCAAUCACUUGUUUGAAUCUUAGUAAUAAUAAAAAGAAUUAUUUAUAAAUUUU